CCCUUCCUCCGCUCCGCCACCGCCGAAGAAAAUGCCGCAGCGCACCUGACAGGCGUGUUUUUAGCCUGUUAGCUAGAGAGCUACAUCUCUAAACGCUUAAUACCGGUCCCUCGCUUUCAAAGUCAAACAUUUCCUCUGGAUUAGAAGUGCUCAAAGGUCCCGAAUCAAAAAGACAGGAGAAGACGAAGGCAGAGCAAUCAUGCAGAUCACACUGAAGACUUUGCAGCAGCAGACCAUUCAAAUAGACAUCGACGAUGAGCAGACGGUGAAGGCAUUGAAAGAGAAGAUUGAGGCUGAGAAGGGCCGAGAAAGUUUUCCAGUAGCGGGACAGAAGCUGAUCUACGCUGGGAAAAUCCUGCAGGAUGAUACGCCCAUCAAGGAGUACAAAAUCGACGAGAAGAACUUUGUGGUGGUGAUGGUGUCAAAGACAAAAGUACCAGGACCACCCACUCCACCCUCAGAACUACCCAAAUCUGUUGCUGUGCCUUCCUCUUCCUCCUCUUCCUCCUCUCCUCCUCCCGUUCCAGCCCCUGCAGCCAUUCCCAUCCCCAGAGACGAGUGUUCAGACGACCCUCCUGCAACCGUCUCGCCUGCCCAGAGCCCAGACCGUGGCUCAGGUCUCGGGGCCGAUGGGGAAGAUGCAUCUUCAACAUUAGUCAAAGGUCAGGAGUAUGAUGCCAUGCUCACAAAUAUCAUGUCUAUGGGCUAUGAGAGAGAUAAAGUGGUGGCAGCACUCAAGGCCAGCUAUAACAACCCUCACCGUGCUGUGGAGUAUCUGCUCAAUGGGAUUCCUACUGUCCCAGUGCAGGAAACCAGUCCUGCUCCAGCUCAGCUCCCCACAGACACGCAGCCCGCAGAAGGUGAGAAUCCGCUGGAGUUCUUGCGCUCUCAGCCGCAGUUCCAGAGCAUGAGGCAGGUGAUCCAGCAGAACCCAUCCUUACUGCCGGCCCUCCUGCAGCAGCUGGGCCAGGAGAACCCUGAACUCCUGCAGCAAAUCAGCCAGCAUCAGGAGCUCUUCAUCCAGAUGUUGAACGCACCGGUGGGUGAGGGGGAAGUCGAGGGUGGCGAGGGCGGAGAGUUUGCUGAUUUGGGUGCUCUCGGUGACGAGGCGGCACCUGGGAGUUACAUCCAAGUGACGCAACAGGAGAAAGAAGCUAUCGAGAGGUUAAAAGCUCUGGGGUUUUCAGAAGCUCUUGUGGUCCAGGCGUACUUCGCCUGUGAGAAGAACGAGAACCUGGCUGCAAACUUCCUGCUCAAUCAGAAUUUCGAGGACGAGUGAGAGUCGCGGAGAGCCCACGUGCCCCCUCCCCUGCCACCACACAAGCGCUGCAUCUACUCGGGACACCGGUUUCCCCCCAUUAUUUCUUUGAGUUUACAAGUCAAGGGGAGACUCGCAGACUGGUUGGGGAUGGGGCGGAUGCAAUCACUCGGUGAACAAAUUCCAAUGGAAUUGACGGCAUUUGGGUUGAAUGCACUCUAGCAUGUUGAAGAAGUGUGCUUGCACGUGUGUAUGCGUGUUCCCUUAGGGAAUAUAUUUGACUAAAUCAGCAUCAAUUGAAAGCAAACGCUCUGAUUUAUUAUUAUGGGUUAUGAGGAGGUUAGAUGUGGGCAUACGCAUUUGCUUGGUUGUUUUUAGUUGGGAUAAGGAUUAAUGAUAUAUGUCUAAUGGAGGAUUUUAUAUAUUUCUCUAAAAUCAGAGAUAUUUCUGUAUUUCUCCGAGCACACACCUCUGAUGAAUGUGAUAACAGCAUUCAAAAAUGAAACAAUUAGUGCAAAUUAUAGCAUUUCUGUAACUUUCUCAGCAAAACAAAUGACCUAAAAUUAUGCAGUUCUGCAAACGAAUCCAUAUCAUGUGGAAUACCAUAAUCCGAGUGAUGAUGGUUUUGAAUGUACUUGAAUUCAAAAGAUCAUUUGUCCUAUUUAAAGUCAACAUGAAAUGGCAGUCGCAAGCUGUUUGUAUUUGCAAGUUUAAUAAGAAAUCUAAUUCACCAAAAUGUAGAAUGGGACUCAAAAAUGAAGGAUUUGUUCCUUCUUGCCUGACAUUUUAAAUUAUUUUGAUAACUUUUUUUUUUUAAUUUACAAUACAGUUUGUGCAUAAUUCCAUGCAUACGUGCUUUAAGAGCGUAAAUAGUCAAUUUCAUGUUGACUUUAAAAAGCUUCUUAUUUAAACUUAGUAAACUCCGUUAACUGUAGGUCACAAAUAUAAAUAAGGAUCAUUUUUCAUGACAUUAGCUUUGCUUAUAUUCAUACGAGGACCAACAAGAGGUUUUUGGCGCACUAGAGGUCACUGCAUUUCAGAAGCCAAAAGCAGAGACCUGUUACAGCAUGAUGAUACUCCACCAGAUUAAGUCCUGUCAAAGAGAGAUUUUCUUGAAUCAUAUUGCUGUGAAGCUGACAAUGGGUCCCUCUGUUCAUGUAUUGAGAGUAAAGUCUUGUAACAUUCACCUCUUAAAGCAAGUUCAGCAGCAGAGGGAAAGAGCCUUCGGCAGCGACUCAACUUUACAUUGUUUUCGCUCAUAGCAAAAAACGCUCCUUUGUAAUGUAGUAGCCAAACUGCCAGACAGUAGACUCUUGUUUACUUAUCAGCAGGCCUACAUGAAGUCUGACCUAGUCUUCAAAAUAAAUGGUCAUUUUUGUUAAAUGCAAUGCUCUCAUUGCUGAAUAAUGUAUUAUUAAAUUCUUUAAUGUAUUAACGUGGUGGAAAUCAGCAGAGCUUUGUGGAUGCAGAUUCCAUGUAGGCCUGUUUGUUAGUAAUUAAUCAUUUGAUUUUACUAUAGCUUGAACUCCCCUGGGAUCAAUAAACUCUUAUUGCAAAGAAAAGUUUCAGAGUGGCAUCAGUUUCUCACCAUAAAACAAACCCAUAUCAGAAUCGUUGUACAGUCAAGAACAUAAUUUAUUCAAUCAGGUGCUGCUCUUUACAAACGUUUUAGUUUUUUAUAAUGGAAAAGAAUCUGUAAAUAACACAUGCAGAUUGCCAAAGGCUCUGUGGAGGCGCGCAGCGACAGAGAGCACUGGAUCAGAGACGCUUCUGUACCAAAACACAUCGACAGCAGAGACACAAUCCGGGUAGAUAUUUAAAAAACACAUACGGCUACAUAAGCACGAGUAAAUCGGGGCAGAUUCUGAAUGAUUAAAUUAAUAAUUCUGAUUUUAGUGUUACUGACUCUUAAUCACUUCAGCAUGGUGUGCAUGUAAAAAGUAAUGUACAUUAAGAAAAAUAUCAAUGGAUUAUUUUAAUUAAGAUGAUCAAAGUAUCAUACUACACAUGCAUAGCAUCUCAAUGGCAGUUGCUUGACUGGCACACCAAGAACAAUAACUAUAUUAGCAUCUACACUAACGCACCAAUAAAGUGCAUGCUAUAGGCUAGUUUUGUCAUCUUCCACUUUAAAUCAUCAAAGAUGGACUCUGAUUGGCUGUUAAUGUUUUUAUUGUUCAUUAGCUGGAAAACAAAUGUUCUGAAAGUGACUCCAACAAUAUCGUUCCUCUGUCUCGUUGCGGACGUCUCUAUUCUUAUAGAAUUAGAAUGAUUAUUAAAACUUUGUAGUUAUCGUUUUCAUCAUUUAUGCUCGUCUAUUUCUAUAUCCACUAAAAAUUGUUCACUGCUGAAACAUCUACUAUAAUGAUUAAUAUGGUGCUUAGAAAAAAUGCACUGCUUGAAGUAUUUUAAGUGGAGCAGCUGGGAUUGAACAUGUAGCCUAUCUAUUACUAGUCCAACCAUUGACAACAAAGCUGCCGCCACAUCUGGAUCAGUACUUCUAAAUGCAGGGCAUAUUAUUCUUAGUGCAGGGUUUUAAUCGGUGCAUAAGGUGCGAUUAGCAAAUCAUCAGUCAAGUUCUUUAAACAGCUGUUCUCAAACAACCACUAAAAAGGUGCUUUAAUUGCGGAGUCAACAGCGAGACUUAACGGAAAUAAAUACAACACAAACAAACACGACAGAGCUACUGUGUAUCUUCUGGUCCAGCGCUCUCUACCGACAGCCAAACAGAUCUGGCACCAGGACCACACCGCUUCCCAAGACACACCGGUACUGCUGGUCUCAGAUGUAGGGAGGGCGAGCGGGUCGGUCCCGGGUCAGUUUGUACUCAGAGCCCAUUGCGUUUGACCGAAGAGCGAGAGGUGUGUAUGAUAUAAACAUGUGAAGCAUACAGACAGGGAUACAACAUUAGAGUUUACAACAUCUUGCUCAAGAGAAAAAGGUUCAACUUUUUUUUUUUAACUCUUUCAUCAAAAGUAGGGAGAGGGAGGAAAGAUAAGGAUAGACAUCUACGGCGCCAAGAGCGAGAGACUGAUAAAGACAGAGGUACAGAGAAAUAGGGACCCGAUGUUUUUUUUUUAAAUCAAUUUUUUUUCUUUUUAACUUUUUACCCCCCCCAUCAUUGUACAAUAAAAAGAACGAAAUCACAUCCAUUUUCUUGUAGUACUAUAUACUGUGAAUACGGCUUGAGAAAGCUCAGGAGGAGAGAUGGGUGUUCAUCAUUUACAAGAUGGUGUCUGUGAACAAAAGGCACUUUGAAUGGGACAACCUUUAAAUGCUCACCUAUACACUACAGCACGAACACUAUGGGAGCUCAUUUACAUACAGGAAGUGUUUACAGGACGAUACGGGGUAGCCGUUUUUCCAGACGCGUUUUUGCCUCUCGACUCGAACCUUGUGUGCUCUAAACUACGACUAACGAAACCCUACUCACAUUAACAUCGACACGAUCUCAUCUAAAUGAAGCAGAGAUUUGGAGCAAAUGUGAUCUGGUUGCUUGUGACGAACCCUCUAGUUGUGAUGCUUCAUUUUGGCCAUUCCACCCAUCAAAACACGCUUUUCUGCUUAUCAGGUAUUUUGGUGCAUUCAAGUCCUCCUGGGAAGUUUGUAUUUAUGAGUUGCGAAGUCAUUUUUAACUGCAAAAUUACAAAUAAUGUGCAUCAGGUAUAUUUGUGCUUUUUUAAAGUUUUUAUUCAAUUUAUGAAGGUGCAAUUGUUAUGCAUUAUAUCGCAACUGUGGAGUACUAUCAUAAUUUAUUACACAACAUUAUUGUAAAUGAAAAACAUAAUUUCGUACAUUUUAAACAACCUUACCGCUAAUUACAGAUGCUGCAUUCAUGAGCGUUCACCUCAAAUCCAAUCUUUCCGACAAACUUGAAUGCACCAUUUAUCUAGACAUUUGAAGGAGUAAGAAGGGGCAUUGCUUUCUUAAAGGUUGUAGUAAAAUGCCUUUUGUCAGAACCAAAAUAUAUAUAUAAAAAUCUGAACCCCUUUAGUAAAUACAAAAGAGAAGAAGAGAGAAACAGAGGCUCGUAAAACUUGUCUCGUCAGAAACAGUCGUUCUGGUGUGGUAUUAUUUGCGCUCGAGUAACAAGCACCAGUAUUUAUUUAUUUAAAUUUUUUUUUUUUUGUCAUAAUACAUUUGCUUUUGUAAAAUUGUUCCUUCGGCCCCCACCCCUAAAAUAGUUUAAAAACCAAAGCAUACAAAUAAAACAUUAAAAAAGAUAAAUGAAAAGUCAAAAUUAACUUCCCGCCUUUAACGCUUACAAAGACUGGGAUUCUUUUUGUGGCCCUCGUGUUUAGAGUCCAGGAGCUUGCAGACUUUCUUUUUUUGUUUUGUCUUUUUUCCACUUGCUUCGCUUUCUUAAAAAUCUGAAGACAAACACAGAUAUCUACCCAACACAUUGCACACGGCUCAGUCCACAUAGAACUUUUUUUUCUCUCUCUCAAUAAUAAAACUUUUCAACAAAAAGAAUGUGUUUUCUCUGAAAAAUUGGUGUCUGUUCUGAAGGUGUAUUUGUGUCUGCACUGACCUGAUACAACAUUUCUGGCGCUUCUGACGAGAUGAUCUGACAUUUGUGGGUUUCAUAUGUUUGGACGUUUUCCGAUGAAACCACUGACUCGGGUCAAAGGUCACAAAAUAACUAGACUGCUAUAGAGCUAAUUUCACAGCGGAAAAACUAUACAUAUGUCCAUAUAUAUAUAUAUAUAUAUAUAUAUAUACAUACACACACACACACACAGUAUGAGUACGAUAUGUUCUGGAUAACAUCUAUCUAUAAAUAUGAUGUUUGCAGUUGCUCAUAUGUUGUUUGCCAAGCCCAUGAUACAUAUUGUACAAAUUUUCUCUAGCUUAUACAUGAAGUGAAGACCCUGAAUUGCAUGUAAAGGGGACACCGAGGCACUUUGAUGUGUUUCAAGUGGAUGAUAAAAUGGUCAGCUCUCAGCCAAUCAGAGUCCCUGACAAUGUGAUUGACAGCCAGGCAGUCCAGUUAUUUAGUGAGGUCAGUGGUUUCGAGCAUUCUCUUUUUCGAGUUCAUCUAAAUUUGAAACAUGCUGUACUUUAAAUAGGGUGCAUGUUGUAAAAUCAUGUUUAAUAGAGGGAUGAGUUUAAAGGUUUCCCUUUGUCCUUUAAGGAAGUGGGUGUGUUUCAUAGUGCAAUGUUUGUGUAUGUGUGCAUGUAUGUACUUUAGUUGAGCACUGUGCUGAUAGGCUAAAUGAAAUUAGAUUGUCGUGCGAGUCAGGCUGUACUCGUGAACUGAAACAAACAACUGAGCAGUGGAGAAAAAACAGAAAGCGGUAAAGUUAUGAAUGAACUGUAAAGUGAUGGAAGGGCAGAGCACUGUUGACAUAAUAGCCAUCAAAAACAUCUAAUUAAUGAAGCUCCAAAAGGUAAACUUGAGAUUGUCUGUUUGUUAGUCACAUUCUAGUUGAAGGAGAGCUGAUCUUAACCUGUAACUCUAAAAACAAAAAAAGCACAAUUCCACAUGCAGUCCGAUCUGCCGGAGCAGAAAUUAUGUUAUGCAUACUAAAAUCGCACAAAA